UGGUCGUCUGAGAAGUUGGCGGCGAGGUGGUGGUCCGGUUCCGGUUGGUGGCCUGGUUGGUGGUUCGGCGAUCUGUGCCGACAUCUCCCACGAGAUGUCAGCACCGCUGCGACCCGGCGCCGCGCCGCCGUUCCAGUCGUCGCGCUGCUGUCAACGGCGAAGCGUCACCAUGGACCAGAAGGCACCCGUCAAGUUCGAGCAGAUUCUGUCUCUGGUCGGCGACGCCGGCCGCUGGCAGUUCGUCAUCUUUCUCUGGUCGGUGGUGGGCGCCAUGCUGUGCGCCUCCCACAACAUGAGCAGCAUCUUCAUCGGCGCCGUGCCCGAGCACCGCUGCUGGCUGCCGGCCGGCGCCAAUCCGGAGCUCUGGCUGCCGCGCGAUAAUGCCUCCGGCAAGCUGGAAAGCUGCCGGAGACUGGUGGCGCCCGGCGCCAACAGCACGCUCCCCUGCGACGGCUGGGUAUACACUGACGUCGAGCAGGCGCCAACCAUCGUCAGCGAGUGGGACCUGGUGUGCGAACGGCGCUGGCUGCUCUCCACCGUGCAGGCGUCCUACAUGUUCGGCAUCUUCUGCGGCGCGCUCAUCACCGGCGUCAUCAGCGACCAGUUCGGCCGCAAGCUGGCCGUCUGCGGCAGCGGCGUGGCCUUCCUCGUGUCGGGCGUGGCGGCCGCCUUCGCGCAGUCGUACGCCGCGUUCGUCGUGCUACGCUUCGUCUUAGCCAUGGCCGGCGCCGGCGUAUUCGGCUGCAUGUUCAUCCUCCUUCUGGAGCUGGUGGGGCCGCGCUGGCGCGCGCUCAUCGGCCUCGUCUACCAGGUGCCGUUCGCGUUCGGUGUCAUGGCGCUGCCGGGGGUGGCGUACGCCCUGCGCAACUGGCGCCACCUGCAGCUGGCCAUCUCGGUGCCGGCCGUGCUGAUGAUGCUUUUCUGGUGGGUGGUGCCCGAGUCGCCGCGCUGGCUCAUCAUGCAGGGACGGCUGGACGAGGCGCUGGCCGUGCUACGCGGCGCGGCGCGGCGGAACCGACGCCCGCUGCCCGGCGACGCGCAGCUGCGGCAGCUAAUGGAGCAGUUCCGCGCCGCCGAAAUGCAGCUGGCCGGCACCGAGCUGGCGGCGCGAUCGCCGCUGCGGAGCUGCGCGGCCGGCGUCUGCGAGAUGACGCACCUGCUCCGCACGCCGCGCAUGCGCCGCAUCAGCCUCUCUUGCUUCUACAACUGGCUGAUCGUGUCGAUGAUCUACUACGGCGUGUCGUUUGACUCGGCCAAGCUGAGCAGCAGCCCGUACCUGGCGAUAUUCCUGGCCGGCUUGGUGGAGGUGCCCGCCUGCCUGCUGUCCGUACCGCUCAUCAACUGGAUCGGCCGCCGCUUCAGCAUGGUCGGCACCCAUUUGUUCACCGGCGCCGCCAUCCUCUGCAUCAUGGCCGUGCCGGUCGCACUCGAGUGGCCCAAACUGGUGCUGGGCAUGUGCGGCAAGUUCUCUGCCUCAGCCGCUUUCGGCAUCGCCUAUCUCUACACGGCCGAGCUGUUCCCCACCACGCUGCGCAACGCUGGCUUCGGUGCGUCGUCCACGUGCGCGCGCGUGGGCUCCAUGUCGGCGCCCUACAUCGUCGACCUGCUGGGACCGGUGCACUGGGCCGUGCCCAGCUGCGUGUUCGGCCUGUGCGCUGUGACGGCUGCGCUGGUGGCGCUCAUGCUGCCCGAGACCAACGGACGCCGGCUGCCCGAGACGGUGGCGGACGUGGAGCGAGACGGGCGCGAGCCAGUGCCGGCCGUCGCGCUGCCGCUAGCGCCUAUCGGCGACGAGAGCUGGCCGGCGCGAGGCAGGCAGACCCGAAGCCGUCUAGCGCACGCCGACGCGCCCCGCGCUCCGAGCGACGGGCCGGGUCGCCACGUCACGCAUCGUGCUCACGCUCUCAUCGAUCACAGUGAUCGGAAAGGCUACAGACAGCCAAUGUCAUGAAGGCCAUUGGCCAUUGCACUGCGAAAUAUUUGAGACGAGGUGCUGCGCCGUAGAUAGGUCCGGAGUGCUGUCCCUAUCAUGGACGGCGUUAUUCGCGCGGCGCGCCUCAUAUAAAGUCAUCGAGAGUAGCAGUGCAGGAACAGGAUUCCAUCCAGAUGGACUGUCCUCGCUGCGUGACAGACGACGCUCGGGAUCCAGAGGACUGCCCCGCUGGGUGACAGACGGACGCUCGGGAUCCAGAGGACCGCCCGCUGCGUGACAGACGACGCUCGGGAUCCAGAGGACUGCCCCGCUGGUGACGGACGGCGCUCGGGAUCCAGAGGACUGCCCCGCUGCGUGACAGACGGCGCUCAGGAUCCUCGCCAGCCGAUCCGCCUACGUCUUGGGACCGAACAUCACCCGACUCAGUCGGUCGAAUGCCCCGAACGGCAACGACCGCGCAGACACCACCUUUGUACCAGAGCAGGCAGUCACACCGAGAGCGAAUACAUCAGACGGGUGUAACGAUUUUUAGCCUCUCUGCCGAAACCCAGAAUAUUUUCGAGUGGCUGAAAGGUUCCGAUUUCAAUGUCCUACCGAGCGCAUAAAUUCGGCGUUUCCUAGAACAUUACCCCGGCAGCCGCCUCGGAACAUGAAGUACGCGUAUUUGUGGUCAAGCCCAUAGCCACGCGGUGGCACUGGGUACCCGUGCAUCCCCUGGGAUCUGGGGUGCGUCCCGUUCUCUCAUUCCGCGCAACCCAUGGACGUGCGGCAUCAGAGUUUCACA